ACUUCCAUGAAUAAUGAUGUGUACUGAUCUCAUUGGUAAUAGGAGUUCUAUAGACGUGUAAUGGCUGGGUAAUGGCACAUCUACCCAUGUUUGGGCCCAUGUUCAAGGACACACUGAAUGGAAAAUGGCAGAUCACCAAAAUUCACCAGUCAAGAUUUUGGCCUGGGUUUUACCAAGAACAAUAUCGACAGCGUUAACCAAGUGUUUAAGUAGCUUGGAAGACAUAGAGAUUUGUUUCGAACUAUUCUUGUACUCGAGUUUUGUGAGGAAGGUAUACGAGGCGCAGACUGGUGACGACAUGCCUAUGAACUACGAGGGGAAUGAGGAAAAGGUACGAGAAGCAAUAAAGCGUUAUGGCAGUCUAAUAAACACUGAUCUGGUUCCCGAAAGAGUUGUGUAUAGUGACGUGAACAAGGCAAUCCAAUCAUCGGAGAAGAAGUACAUCUUCGUCAAGGAAGCCUACAUGGCAUUUCCAGAUGACAAAUCCCGUCAAUACUUACCAACAGGAUUCAGGCAUGUUUUCCUCAUCAGAGAGCCUUACAGACUGUUGGCAUCCUACAGGGACGCCCUCUACCGGCAUAUGACGAACGUCGGCAUGCGGUCAGGUGACUCGGUCGACAAAGAGGCCUUUGACAUGGAACACGACGACCCGAUUACAAAUACGAGCGAGUUCUACAGAAAGAACUUAGAAUUCUUCAAGUACGUCCGUGACAACCUAGAUCCCAACCCGAUCGUCAUCAACACUGAUGAUCUAUUGGCCAACCCUGCUGAGAUGCUGAAGAAGUUCUGUCACUUGACAGGUCUUCCGUACAGUGAUUCCCUUCUUAAAUGGGAUGAAUCUUCGGACAUCACCAAGACCUGGAAGACAGCGAGCGAGGAUAUCAUUAACUUGUCAAUAGCCUUUUAUGAAACUGCGGUAUUUUCUGGAGGGUUUCAUCCACCAAAACCCGCUGCUCCAAUCGAGAAGAUUACACCAGAUGUAAUAAAAUUAGCCAAUGCUUCCAUGCCAUACUAUCAGGAAUUAAAUGAGUAUAAGAUAUAAAAUACAAAUAAUAUCCUUUGGGGGUUAAACACGAGGUAUACCUUUAGAACAGUGUUAAAAUUCUUGUGACUGUUUCAAAGGGAGUAAGCGUAUGUAUUAUUCGAGCAAAUGGUGCGUUUUGUAUGUUUUACUACAUAUAUACCUAGUGAUGUAGACCCUUGUUAAUUCAUUGAAAUUGUGAGAAAAAAAUCCUUAAAAAACAUAAAUCUUAAAGCUUUUCGACAUGCACUGAUCAUGCUGAUCGGAGUAAAAUUGCAUGAAUGACUUAGUCCGCUAGAGCAAAACAUUAUAUAAUACAAGUGGAGCGCCUCUGACAGUCUCGCCUGCAUAACGUGAUUUGGCAGCAGUGCUGACUUUGAAAACUACUAUAAAGUAAUUAUUCACAACAAAAACACUUUUCAUAUAAUGAUAAAAUACUAUGUUCAUUGACCCUAAAUGACAUUGACAUUGAUCAUAUGACCUAAGACUUGUCAGUGAUACUUGAUUACCCCUAUUUCCACAUAAUUAUCAUAAACUAUAUCCACAAACUUUCAAGGUAUGAUAGUCCAGGAUAGAAGAGGCAUAACCUUGUUUUUUUUAUAUAUACAAUAUUUGUUGAUGGUUUCUUGUCAAUUCG